AUGAAGGUCCUGAUAGUGACCACGAUCUUCACAAGUCUGGCUGCAUUAUUCGUCGCUAUUCGAAUCUGGACUCGCAUUGGAAUUGUGAAAAGCCCCGGCUAUGAUGAUCUUCUCAUCUUUGCGGCUGUGCUCUCGUCUAUUUUAUUCUAUGCCUUCAUUCUUGUCGAGCGACAUUAUGGCCUCGGGGUUCCAGUGAAUCUUUUACCGCAACAUGUCAUUGAAGGCCAGCUGCGCUAUCUAUGGCUCUCUGUUCCCUUCUACAAUCUAUCCCUCUGUCUUUCCAAGCUCUCCGCCCUUGUGCUCUACACUCGUAUCUUCCGCAAUCGACGUUUCCUAAUCACUACCUACCUCUCCAUGGCCUUUAUCAUCAUCUCGGGAUUAUGGAUGGUCGGCAGCGGUUUCAUUUUCUGUGUCCCAGUCAGGGCUUUCUGGAGCCUCGAUCACCAAUAUCACAUCAGCCAUUGCUUACCCGAAGGGCCUAUUUGGUUCUCCAAUGCAGGCAUACAGAUCUUCACCGAUGUCAUAAUCCUGAUCCUACCUAUGCCCUUAUUGUCGAGGCUGAACCUGCCAACGAGGCAGAAAGCAGGUCUCAUGUUCGUUUUCGGACUUGGAAUCUUUGUGGUCGCUACCAGUUCCGCCCGACUCUACGAAUUAAGCACGAUGGUUCGCGGGCAAGAUUUCACAAGAAAAAACGCAGAUGCAGCCGUUUGGUCAUCCCUCGAAGCCAAUGUAUCCAUAAUAUGUGCCUGCAUGCCUCCCAUCCACCCGCUAAUUUCCCGUAUCUUCUCCUUCUGCUUCCGCCCACAACCUCUACACUCCUCACCAGCUUCGAAGCUCCCAUCCAACACGACCCACCUCGCAUCGUCUCGAAAGCACUCCGUUCAUGACCAAAUUAUGAGCCCUGAUGGCGGAAUUUUCUAUAAUGACAUAUUUUUCGCUGGACCCGGUAGUUACACUGCCAGUAUCUCAAACAUGAACACUAAUAAAGAAGAACCCGACACAAGUCGAGACGGAAUCAAAGUGGUACGGGAGUUGCGCAUGGUUUCUGACACCAUGAACCCUAACCUCGACACCGCACCCAACGAUAUCCAGGACCGCGACUUUGAACUGGAGAGUGGACUUGGCACAAGCUUUGCAAGUGCUGGAAAUGCGUCCUGGAGUCCCAGUAUCGAGUGGGAUCUUGGCGACUUUGAAUUCCCGGAUUAUAAGGAGCGGAUGAAUGCUCCCCUUUAA